GAAAAAGGAAAAAGGAGGAAGAAGUUUUCUAAAAUCGAGGCUCCGGCGGCAAUAAUAGCAGUUAUUAGCAUUAUUAAUCCAUCAACGAAGAGGAAGAUCCUGAUCUUGAUCCAAGUGUGGUUUUGGGGAGUCCCCCUCCCCCCUUUCCUACCCCUCCCUAGGAAAAAAAAAAAAAAGUCCGACUCGGGACUUCGCUGCGGCUGCUCCUCGCUUCUCUGCUCAAGGCUGGUUCCAGGCAAAAGUAGUUUGAAUGUACAACAUGAUGGAAACCGAGCUGAAACCUCCCGCCCCCCAGCAAACUUCGGGGGGAGGCACAGGCAACUCCAACUCGGCCGCCAACAACCAGAAGAACAGCCCGGACCGGGUGAAGCGCCCGAUGAACGCGUUCAUGGUGUGGUCCCGCGGGCAGCGCCGGAAAAUGGCCCAGGAGAACCCGAAGAUGCACAACUCCGAGAUCAGCAAGAGGCUCGGGGCAGAGUGGAAACUUUUAUCCGAGGCGGAAAAGAGACCCUUCAUUGACGAAGCCAAGCGGCUCAGAGCUCUACACAUGAAGGAACACCCGGAUUAUAAAUACCGACCCCGGAGGAAAACCAAGACCCUCAUGAAGAAGGAUAAGUACACGUUGCCGGGGGGCUUACUGGCGCCGGGCACCAAUACCAUGACGACCGGGGUAGGGGUUGGGGCCACCUUGGGAGCUGGGGUGAACCAGAGGAUGGACAGUUACGCGCAUAUGAACGGCUGGACCAACGGAGGCUAUGGGAUGAUGCAAGAGCAGCUCGGCUACCCGCAGCACCCGGGCUUGAACGCUCACAACGCGGCGCAGAUGCAGCCCAUGCACCGCUACGAUGUGAGCGCCCUGCAGUACAACUCCAUGACCAGCUCGCAGACUUACAUGAACGGAUCCCCUACCUACAGCAUGUCUUACUCCCAGCAAGGGACCCCGGGCAUGGCCCUGGGUUCCAUGGGCUCUGUGGUCAAGACGGAAUCCAGCUCCAGUCCCCCCGUAGUCACUUCCUCGUCUCAUUCAAGGGCUCCUUGCCAAGCUGGGGACCUUCGGGACAUGAUCAGCAUGUAUCUACCAGGUGCUGAAGUACCAGAACCAGCUGCCCCAAGCAGACUUCAUAUGUCCCAACACUACCAGAGUGCACCUGUUCCUGGCACAGCCAUUAAUGGCACACUCCCUCUAUCACAUAUGUAAGACAAAGGGGCCGGGGGGGGGGAGCGGGGAGGGGGGAAGAAAAAUUAAACAAAACAAACAACAAAAAAACCUUUUAUUAGAAAUUCUGGACUUUUUUUUUUUUUUUGGACUAUUUUUGUACAGAGAAAACGUGGGGCGGGG